AUGACCGGCUCCACAACCAGCGCUCACCACUGCCCCAACCCCAAGGGUGGCAAAGGAACGCGGUCCAGGAGCUCCCAUGCAAGAUCAUUGUGCCUCACCAACAAUGGGGGGUCGGAGGAGGAAGACAAAGAAGGAGGGGUACUGUUCCACGUCAACAAGAGCGGCUUCCCCAUUGACAGCCACACCUGGGAACGGAUGUGGAUGCACGUGGCAAAGGUACACCCCAAGGGAGGAGAAAUGGUGGGGGCCAUCAGGAAUGCUGCCUUCUUGGCAAAACCUUCAGUGCCCCCAGUCCCAAACUACAGGAUAUCCAUGUCAAUCCCGGAAUGGCUUCAGGCAAUCCAGAAUUACAUGAAGACUCUACAAUACAAUCAUACAGGGACACAGUUCUUUGAAAUUCGAAAAAUGAGACCGCUGAGUGGGUUGAUGGAGACUGCAAAAGAAAUGACUCGAGAAUCUUUACCCAUCAAAUGUCUUGAAGCUGUAAUCUUGGGCAUAUACCUAACAAAUGGGCAGCCUUCCAUAGAGCGAUUCCCCAUCAGCUUUAAAACCCAAUUCUCAGGAAAUUACUUCCACCAUGUUGUAUUGGGGAUCUAUUGCAAUGGCCGCUAUGGCUCCCUAGGCAUGAGCCGGAGGUCCGACCUCAUGGACAAACCUCUGACCUUUCGGACGCUGAGUGACCUCAUCUUUGAUUUUGAAGACUCUUACAAGAAAUACCUACACACAGUCAAGAAGGUCAAGAUUGGGCUGUAUGUCCCCCACGAGCCCCACAGCUUCCAGCCCAUUGAGUGGAAGCAGCUGGUUCUCAAUGUCACCAAGAUGAUGAGGUCAGAAUUAAGGAAAGAGCUGGAGAAAUAUGCCAGGGACUUGAGAAUGAAGAUCUUGAAACCCGCAAGUGCCCACUCUCCUCCCCUGGAGAGAAGUCGGGGAAAGUCACUGUCUCCCCGGCGAAGGCAAUCAAGCCCUCCAAGACGACUUGGGAGGCGAGACAAAUCGCCCACACUCCCAAGUAAGAAGGUGGCUGACCUCAGUACUCUUAAUGAAGUAGGCUACCAGAUCCGAAUUUAACUAAGCCAUAAAGGCCAACAGUGCUUCUGUUUGCACUUUACCCAGCACAUGGCAUCUUCAGGAGGAUUUGCAACUCUUUAUCAAGAUCCUGUGAAUUUUAUUUUUAAGAAGUCACCUAGAAAUAGUUAUAAGUGGAUAUCUUCUUUAAAAAAAAAUUUACCAAGUGGCCACCAAGAAAAGACAAAAAAUAAUAAUUAUGAUGAUUAUGAUAAGCCCUACCUGGGGCUGGACUAUCUCCUUUACUCCAAAAUGGGAGGACAACUACUUCAAUGGUGGAGUCAUAUCAUUUAUCCCUCUUUUCUUAAACUGGCGCUGAAUGCUGUGCUACACUGGUAGUCUUAGAGACAGAUGUGUUUAUGAAGUUCCUUCUUCCGUUUUUGGUGUUUGGACAGUACUGGCACACACAUAGAAGGGUUAACUCAUGAUCAGUAUUAGCAAUAUUCAGCAAUAACUGAAGCAGAGGUGGGUGUGGUUUUUUUUAAACAUUUAUAUUACCUCAAUACCUGAUAGAUAUGCAAACUUGAUGGUAUUAAGUUUUUCUGAUAAUUGAUUUGUAUUGUUUCCCUAACAUUUAUAUAGUACGGAUUUCCUUGUAUUCAAAGGCCCUCAUUCUGCAUGCCUAUACUGAAAUUAAGGUACUCUUAUAUGCACGUAUUUUCUUCAAAAGCACUGGAAUUCUACUGGCAUUAUGGGAAACCAUCUCUGGGAUUAUCCUGUCUCUCUUCCUUAAAGACAUUCCCUGACAGAUGGGUUUUUAAAAAAACAUCUUUCUAUUUUUUGUCACUAGCAUUGAAAUGUUCUAGAUGCCAGCAAAAAGCCCAUGUGUUUGGGAGCUCUUUGAGGUAGAGUUGGUGCUGUUAGGAUUGUCUCUGACAGUGGCAUAUAUUCUUAACAGGCCAAGGCCAAGGAUGAAUUAAUGGGGUUGAGCACUGUUUGACCGUUCUUUUCAUGUUUCAUCUAAUUUGGAUACUGAGCCAGGCCUUGUCUCCAAAGGAUUUACUACUGUUAAAUGCACAGAUUUUUUCCCCUAAUGUCUUAUAUUAAGACCAGACAUGACAAUAUGAUCUUUUGCCCCCCUUAACCAUAAAUGCUGUUCCAUUUAUUUACUCAAAGUUGAAUGAAUUUAGGAAUAUGAUUAAAAUAAUCCUUGGAGAAUGAAAAAGAAGAACAUUUGUGAGGUAUUUGUUCCAGUACAGUAAAACAUCUAAUAAUGCUAUUUUUAUCCAUUAACCUCCGUAUUAUCUGUUAACUUCUGGCCUUAGGAUCAGGAUUACCAGGUACUUUCUGGCUAUAGAGUAUCAUUUUUUGCAGCACACUGAAUCAAAGAGUACUUCUAAGUAAUUUGUCAUAUAUUACCUGCAAUAUUAAUAGGACAAAGCUAAAGACAGAUUUUGCUAUUGUAAAAGGGGGAAGGUGAAGCUUAUUUUUUGAUAAAAGGAUUUUUCCCCUUCUGCUUUCUUUCAUUUGGCCAGAAGAGUCAGAAAACAGGUAAAAAGAGAAUUUGUAUGUCCUUUGUCAAUAUAAACUUUGAUUAUUACUUAGAGAAUAGGAUGGAAAUUAAUAUAUUCCUUAUCAUUGAUUAAAGUACAAAAAAGAUUACUUUCAAUAAAUUGGAAUUAAUGACAAUUGAUUGGGAGGGCUAAGUCAUGUGGCAUGAGAUAAUCACAAAAGACUAUUAAUGAAAAAUAGUAAUGCCAGGGAAAUAAAAACCACAUAUUCCUCUAAAAUACCUAUUAGGUGGAAGAUCUUAAAGUGUUACUCUUCUAUUCCUUUUAAAAGAUUAGUCUGUGGUCUUACUAGCCCUUAAAAUUCAGAUUAUAGUAACCAAUGCUGUAGAAUUGGUACCUCAAUGCUUUUGUACAUUCAUCAACUUCAUUUAAAGGUUUGUAGGAUGGUGAGUGUAUGUUUUUUUUAAGAAGCUGUAAGCCAUUGAUCUUGAGUUUACAAUUAGAUUUAUUGUAACACUAUUAUAGUGUCAACUCAUCUUAAGAUGAGGAGGUAUACGAAGUAAUACCAAAUUGUGGCACAGCCUGUCAUUUGUGAAAGAAGGGGAAAAAGCAAACAAGAAUUUAUAUUGAUUCUAAUGUACUGAUAUAAAAUCCUUCAAACUGCCAACUGGUUUAAUUAGCCAACUGAUAAAUUAUUUCAUCCAUAUUCAAAAUCCUUAGAGAUUUACUCCCCACCAAGUAAGGGCUAAGCAGUCAUGUAAAUGUGUAAGUAGUACAUAUAUUUAAAUGUUCUUUAAUCAGCAGUAUAUCAAUCAUUAUAACACUGUGAUUUUCUAUUGUAUUAUGUUCUUUUCUAAAAGAGAGAAUUUAAAAAUAGGUUGGAUUGAACUUAAGAAUUUCUCAUUUUUUGAGUUAUGGAACAGGCUUGAACAAAACACUAGAAAUCUAUAGUAAGCGAUAAUAAGAAUAGCUUAAACCACCAAAUCUGUACUUACUGAUGUUCCAAGGUCAAAGAUGAAAAUUAAUUUAUGUUCAGAAAAUAUUUAAAUGAGAAAGUCAUGCUGUUUUACCUCAAUUUAAUUCAUGUUUAUUUAAUUACCUACAGUCUAAGGUAUAUAAAAAUUAUCUUUCUUGAGUUUUGUAAUUUUGUAAACAAAACCAGUUAUUAGUCAAUAGAAAAAUUUACCAAAUCUAAUCACAGGAAUACAUUCAAAGUUUAAAUGUGUGUCCAAAGUCUUGAUUUUGAAUAUAGUUUGUGCUGUUUUUAGUGCACUUGAUUUCAACAAGUGAUAUUAAUAUUUUCUAUUACUCUAAAAUCAUGUGUAUUUCACUUUUUCUAAGUCAAUUAUUUCUUAAAAAUUUUAUUAAUACUGGUAAAUAAAGCUUUUAAAAUUUAAUUCCCUCUUCUUACACCUGAAGUUUUAUAAGCUAUAUAGCCAUGUGAAAACUUGUAUUAUUUUUUUUAAGUACAAUCAGAAUCUUGUUUAUUAUCUUGAACUUUGUUCUGGCAAAUGCAUUUUUUAAUACUUAAGAAAAACUGUGACUGUUUCAGUAAAUAUUUUUCUAGGCAAAUGAAAACCUGUACAAUGGGAUUUUAGGGAAAACCUGACAGGUGCAUGUUUCAGAUUUUGCUUUUAUUAUCACUUGUAUUGUUUCUACAAAGCAUGGAACUUUAAUAAAAAUGUCUUGGAA